UUAACUUUGUUUUUGUCUCAGUCCUCUCAUAGACAUCUCUUCAGCUCUAAAGUCAGUGUGUGCAAAAAAUCUAAGGACUUGUUUAGCAGUACUGUUUCCUGAACUUGAGGAAGAUGACUCGGGUUUGUCUCCAAGGACAGAGCUGGACAAAUGUCCAGAAGAGGGUGCAGAUCCAUUUGAGGAGGAGAUGCAGUGUGUGGCAUUCCAAUCAAAGUACAUGGACAUUUUCCCACUGUAUCAAGACUACAGCCUAGAAGGUGUGAGAGAUGAUCUGCACAGACUCAAAGUCACUUUUGAGACUGACUGGAUAAAUCCAGAGCAUCUCCAGAGCUUGCAUGUCCCACCAAGCUUCUGCAGGUCUUUUGUAGCUGCGUCUGCUCAGCCAAGGUCAACUCGCUCACCCCCAUUUCAGCCCUUUAGUGUCACUCCCUCCACCCUUUGGCAAGAUCUGAAUGAGGUGAAGGCAUCUGGCCUCCUCAGUAGUUUGACUGCCAGAGAAAUCCGCCUUCAGGAGUCCAUGUUUGAGCUGAUUGGCUCUGAAGCAUCUUACCUAAAAAGCCUCGGAGUGGUGGUAAACCAUUUCUAUGCAUCAAAGACCCUGAAGAGGACUUUGUCCAAAAUGGAGCAUCAUGUUUUGUUUUCCAACAUUUGCCAUGUGAAAGCAGCUAGUGAAAGAUUUCUCAUGGAUCUGGAGGCUCAACUGGGACGGUGUGUGUUAAUACCUGAGGUUGGCGACAUUGUCCUCCAGCAUCGGGGAGAUUUUCAACGACUCUAUGUGCCAUAUGUGAUCAACAUGAUGUACCAAGAGUCCCUCAUCGGCCAACUGCUGGAGCAGAACAGAGACUUUCUGCAUACACUGAACAAACUUGAGGCCGAAUCAGUUUGUCAAAGACAGACACUCAAGUCAUUCCUGGUUCUUCCUUUCCAGAGAAUUACACGAGUGAAACUUCUGCUGGAGACUAUCCUGAAACUGACUGAACCGGACUCUGACGCAGCUUCAAAUCUCAAAAAGGCAAUAGGUGCCAUCCAUGCGAUAGUGACGGAGUGUGAUGACGGGGUCAAAAAAAUGAAACAAACUGAGGAGCUGAUCUGUCUGGAAAUGCUGCUGGAUUUCAGUGACGUUAAGGUUUUAUUUACCUCAAACAAUUCUUAUGGACUUAUUCAUACUGAACCUGCAAAAAGCCUUAAAUUCAAAUGCUGCAUCUUCAUCCAGGCGGUUCCCCUUGUCAGAAGCACACGGUCUCUGAUCCUCCAAGGCCCCUUGAGACAGCUAACUGUGGAGAGCACGGGCGGUUUAAGAAUGUCACUCAACAGCAUCUACCUCCAUCUCUUUAAUGAUCUUCUCAUCGUCUCCUUGAAAAAGGAUCAGGGGUUCAAAGUGGUGGAUUAUGCUCCGUUCCCUACACAUGUGACUGUCGAGUAUCUACAGACUGAGGUCCUGGGACUUCCCGCAGACUCUUUUCUGCUCCAUUUGUCUCAAAGCCAAACAGGACGUGCGACUGCCAUGAUACUUGUUGCACUUACAAGCUCGGAUAAGGAAUUAUGGAUGAAGGCGCUGUCAUCAAAAGAGUGAUGGAUAUUGGAUUUAGCAACUUUUAAGUUUUGCUUUGGUGCGUUUUUUGUUUUUUCCUACAUGAAGUACUUUCUUUUUGGGACACUGUUCUGAUGGCCCUCUUGGAGCACAAUUCAAUGUCUAAAAGGCACUAACGUUGUCACAGUAAUCAAACAAACUUGUACUACUUGCACUUUGGUUACAUUACUGGUGUAUUUUAAGCAUUGUGCCCUUUUUAAUAUUUUCAAUGCACAAUAAAGGUUUUUAUGAACUAAUCCAAUCAGCCUAAUUAAAUUCAUGGUUGAGCAGGAAGAGCCUCUUAAGACAAAACGUUGUUCAAAGAGUUAGAAUGUCAGCCCACAUGACUGUUUACAGUGGGAGUUGGUAUUUCUGUGGGGGGUUUGGAUCAUAUCUGACUUCUCUUUUCUGGCUCUAAUAAAGGAAACUGCUCCCCUUAUCAAUUACUCCAAAGGAGCUGAUAGCACAGCCUGUUUUUUGUAAAGUCAAUCUGCUGCACUGCGCUGUCUGAACAUUGCAGCUUUUAAUGUUUGUCCUCCAUUACUUCACAAUU